GCGGAUUUCUGUGAGGAAGUCAACGAUGGCGCACCUGCAAGCGCAAGCCGCCGGCCGCUGCAGCCGAGCAGUGGCGAUAUCGGCGGUGCUGCCCCCGGGGGAGGUAACAUCAGCAACGCCGGGGUUGGCCUUGGUGCGAGUCGCGCCUGUGGCCUUACAUUUGCGGCAGCGCCCCCGGAGCGUUCUACCAUCAUUCCGCCGAUGAAACGCCGCCUUAUCACCCUGUCCACGGCCGGUAACCUCAAGAUCUCGCCGCUGUCUAAUCAGCAGCUCCAUCCGCAUCGCAUCUACCCCGUGCGGCGACCUUCCUUCGACGGUGACGGUGCAAUGAUGGCGCCGGCGCCGCCCACAGCCACCGUAGAUGUGCGUGAGGCAACCAGCCAGCAGUCGUUGCCGCCUCCGCCACCAAGCACGCCCGCGCGCCAGCCGCACACACCCAGCAGCCACCUAGAGGGCGAUACAAGCCGGGAUUUCAGCCCUCGAUAUGACCACAACGUUGCGCAGAGUGAUUUCGACCUUGCGCCCUCGUCUCCAGAGCUGCAGCCGCAGCCGCUGCUGCCCCCACCAGCUGUCACAUCGCGGGAUGGAGGCCCCCAGGCCGCUACUGCCGCCACGCCGCGACUGCUGCUGCGGCCGGUGUGGCCUAUGAACGAGCGGUCCGCAGAAGCGGAUGAAGCUGGAGGUGGCAGCUGUGGUGGCGGCAGCGGCGGUGGCUGUUUGCAUAUGGGAAUGAGUGCAGGAGAGGCGGACUACUUCGAGCAACCUGUGCCAGUACAAGCCUCGCCGCCGUCGCUGCCGCUGCCUCAGCAGCAACAGCAGGCACCCUUGCUGGACGUUGAGAUGCGUGUGGCGGCUCCGCGGCUUUCCAUGACGGGCGGAGUAGGCCCCGGGCCAGCGAUGGCACCAACCCUACCAGCGCCGGCAACGGUGGGGCUCACGGCGAUUGACUCAGGCUGCCAGAAUUGGCCGAGCCGGUUACUACAGCCGCUGUAUUUGCAACACACUUCACACCAAAAUUGUGAUCAGCAUCUUCUGCAGCAACGGCAGCAGCAGCAGCAGCAGCAGCAGUACAUCCAGCUCCAGCUCCAGCCGCGACAAAAUCCCUGUGGUACGCGUCCUUCAAAAUUGGGGGACGAUUAUGGAGGCGUGGCAGCACCAGCCGGCCCCCCCGCCGCUGUUGAAACGGCCACGACUGCUGUCGUAGCUCCCGCCUGUGGCAGCGGCGGCGCCGCCGGGGACGCAGCAAUCCCCCUAGCUAGCGGUGGAUGCCCACCCAUUGACAACAGCAACAGGGAGGAGGAUGGUUUCGGUGCAUGUCAUGUGGACGCUACAGAUGCCGCUGCCGAAGCCGCUGCUGCCGCAGCAGCAGCUGCAGCUGCUGCCGGAAUGCCUUGGGCAGUAAUAGAUGUCACUGUUGCAGUUCGCCCCAAGGCUGGUGCUGCGCAACGGCGCAACGCUGGUCAACGCGCCGGACCCGAUGUUUCCGUCAGUGCGAUGCAUAACGGCGGCUACUUGCGCGGGCCAGCCUGCGGUGUUUUCGAUCUCACUCGGUAUCUGACGGGACGUGACUGCGUACGGCACUGCGGCCGCUGGAUCUCACGGUCGCAGUUUGAAAAGGUCGGGGGCAGUACCAUGGCCAAGUGGUACCGGUCCAUCCGCGUGUUGCCUGAUUUGGAACCUCUGGGCGAGUGGCUGGAGCGCCACGGCAUGCCAGUGCUGCGGGGUCCUGCCCGUCGUCGCCGCAGAAGGGCGGCUGCGGACAGCGGUGAUGAAAUGGGUGGCUGGCAAGACGAUGAAGAGGCCGCCGGCCCUGCGUGUGGAAUCCAUGCCGCCGCCGCCGCGGCAGUGACCAUCCCAGUCGCAGCGGAAGGCACCCAGGAAGAACUCGAGCCAGACAACAGCGCCGUCGCGGCGCAGCAGCCGCCACUGCCGCCGCCGCCGCCUUCACCGGAGACCUGGGCCAAUCGCAUGCUGCUGCAACACUGUGACGGAGGCGGGGGCGACGAUUUGCUCGUACAGCGCCUCUUGAACACCUGGCCCUUGUCGCAGCCCUUCCUUCGGCCACCAGCACAUGCGGCGGCUGCCACCGCUGCUAACAAAUCCGCUGAGCAUGCCGCCGCCGCCACCGCCGCCGCCGCCGGUGCUGCCGGCGCCACCGUGAGCUCUCUACGCUGCUUCCCAGACGCGUACGGCAACGUUCGCGGCGUCGUGGGGCCGCAGCACAGUCCCCAGGCGCCGCCAGUCUCCAUGCUGCUGCCCGCGGCCACAUGCACCCUCAGCCAAUGCUCACCCCCAGCCAAUGGCACGCUGGUACCCAUGGCAAUGCGGGAUGUCGCUGUGAACGAGGCGCAUGGGGGUUUGAGCGUGGCGGCGGCGCUGGAGCUGGAGGUUCGCGAUGUCAACGCACGAAUGCCCGCCGUACAGCUGGGAGCUGUACCGGACAUGAAAGCCACUCCGCUGCCACCCCCAGCGCCACCACAUCUCGCGUUGUUCCUGCCGUGGGCGCGCGCGCCCGGUCGGCAGCUGAGCAACGCGCCCCGGAGUCCGAGGCUGUUCCACUCCCAGCCCCCGGCUGCUGAACCUGCAAGUACUGCGGAGCAUUCCAGCGGCCCCCCCCUAAAAUGCCGUUUGCUACCAACGAGUGGCGGUUUGAGCUCGGCAGGAGCUCCGUCAGGCAAUGGAGUAGCUGGGCUGCCGCCGCUCCUAAAGCGGGUGCGUGUUGAGGAGCCCUACCCCGGCUCAGCCCCUUUAGUGCGCCCGCGGCUGCUACUCCAUAGAACGACCAACGCGGGACUUGGCAAUGAAUGCGACGCAGCGAAGGAACCAUACCUUUUUGCCGUACAGGCGCCGCUGGAAAUGCUGUACCGGGAGAGUAGCGUUCCCCGGGAUGCAGGCCUGAUGUGA